UGCUGCUUGCACAAUAUCGAUUCCAUGUAAAUAAUCAAUAUCAGCAAAUAUGUUGUACGAAACAGAAAGAGAAGACAGAAUUAACUUAAUUGUUUUGGCUACACGCGGCGUCUUGGUGGCCCACUUCUGCUGUUGCUACACUUGUACUAUUUCCCUACAGCGACAUAAAGUUUUGAUCGGAUCGACUGAAAAUGGAAGAUACGCCUCUGUCUACAUAUCAGUCCUAGAUUCAAAAUACAGCUCCUUCUUAUACUUGGGUGAUUGUGAAUUUCAGAUAAGUGAUUCUGUAUAUGACCAUUAUCCCUCAUAACCGUCUUCCAUCGGUGGUGUGCUUGUGUGUGUGUCCGCGUGCGCGCGCGCGCGUGUGUCCUAGCGGUAUGUGUGCAAAUUCAUAUAUCAUUUACAUCACAAGUUGUCUGUGAAAUGCCAAUAUCAACACAUAUAAAUGUUGUUAAAAUAAUUCUGACACAUGCCAGAUACCUACGUGCAAUAACUCAGUUUUAUAUAUUUUCAGUAUUUAUUUACUAGUGUAGAGUUGUACUUUUGGUUAUAUUCUUGUUCUGAAAACGAUCAUAUUGUAAGAAAUUGAAGAUAUCAUCGUAAAUGGAAAACCACACAUUUCUUAGACUAGGUUUCUUGAAAAUUGUCUUGAUGAAUUUUUAUUUAUGCUUCUGAUCUUUUAAUUAAUGUAAUGCGAUCUGACAGCUAAUGUGAUAUUAUUUCUUUACAAAAACAAGGAAGUUUUUGAGGUAUCCAUGUUUGUGUAUUGUGGAAGGAAAAGUAUAGUUGCCUAUUGUGCCACACACCCAAGUAGGUCCUCUUUAUUUUGCAUUUGUUAAUGAAGUGACCCAGUGUUCCAAGUUCCAGUCACAGCUAAAUAGCAUUAGUCCUGUUUAUAAUUUUGUGCAAUUCAAAGCAAACUACACACAACACAAGAAAUGAAUUAGUGAUAGAUAUUUAGAUACACCAUCUUUGUUUUUUAAAUAGUUUUCACACGUGUAUAUAUAUAUAUACACGGUUAUACCCCACAAAUAAGUAGCUUCUCGUAGACAGAUAUUUCUUCUACCUGUGACUACAGGCUUUAAUAUGGAAAGUAGGAAGAAUAUACAAAUUCAUUUUGAAACUGUCAUCAAAUAGACAUAUUUUUCAUUAUACUUCUUCACGAAUUUUGAUCAUAUGCUACAACUGUAAUUUAACUCUAGCCAAAAAGGUUUAGAUACUUGCUAGAGUGUUCUAAAAAAAAUGUAAAUAUAUGCCUGCACAGAUUUACAGAUUGUUUCUCAUUGAAGUUAUAUCUAAAGUUAUGAACAUUUUAGACAAUAACUAUUUUUACCCAAAGAUAAAACAUAUUCAGUUAUAUAGUAGCCUUUUAUAAGUAAGAAAAACUUAGAUGGAAUAAAAAAACAACACUAAUUUUUUUGGAGAUAAUUUUCCAAAGGUUGGAGAGUAUACAUCUAUUUGUGACUAGAUAUGACUUAAUGUAAUUCUGUGUGUAUGUUUUUGCGUUCCUUAGCUGUCCCAUAACACUUGUGCAUAUACAAAAUAUAUUACUUGGAAAUGGCAACAUGUGGGAAUGAAGGAAGUAAGUUUAAUGUGCUGUAUAACUUCAAAAAAUAUUGGGCUUACGUUGGUAUUAGUCUUGACACAUAUAGACAUACUAUCUAUCCUUCACAAAUGUGUGUGUGAGAAAGUUAUGAUGGUGAAUGAAUUUGUAUGAUAUGUCUGAUGCAUACUGAUAAGUGUGUGCUCAUGUAAGUUUGUUGAGCCUGUUUUUUUGGUGGGAUAAGGCACUCUGUAAAUAAACAUUUAUUAUUAUUACAAAACGUUAAAGAAAGUAAGAAAGAAUUAGACAAUGCUAAUAUUAGGCAAGUUAUAUUACCCAAAAGGUCGUGCACAUGCAGGAUAGCAAGUAAUUAAGUAUUUCAGCUAAUACUUUAAAUAGGUUGAUCACUAUAUCAAGAAAGCCUUGUGAUCCUCAGAAUUAGCUAGUAACAGUACUUAGCUAGAUGCUAAUAAGAGGUAGGUUAUGUUUCUUGAAAAGCAUGCCCCUUGGGCAUCAGUGAUGCAUAGUUGGAGUCACAGAGAAGAGACUGAGGCAUGAACAACUCACUAAAAUAUAUCAGAAUAUGACAAACCUCCAAUUCCAGUCUGAUGGCAAGGAAUCAUCACCAAUGUUUUUGAAAUCAAACUGAAAUAACUAUACUUUUGAACAGGUUGCUUCAGAUGAGGUUUUUUCUUCCCUGAUGCUAAUUCAGAUAUCUGUCAACUGAAUUUUAUAAUUUAUUCGUUAUAAAAGAGAUAAAGGUUAUUAUUAAUUCUUUAUUAUAAAAGGUGGAGGAGCUAUCUUUUGUAAUAUUUCAUUCUGUGACCCCCCUUAUCUCUCUUUCUCUCACACACUCUUUUUCUCAACUGCAUUCAUUUGCAUUUUGCGGAUUUUCUUUUGCACAAAUUUUUGACUAGUAAAUGUGUACAUAUUGUAUUUUUGUAACUUUGAACAACAGAUUUGAACAGCAUUUAUCCCACAUAUUUUUUCAGAAGUUAACCUUCUUUACAAAAUGUAAUAUGCAUUCGGGGAAUCUUUUGUUUUCUUUAUUAAUCAUUUUAUCAUACAUUGAUUUCACAGGGUACCUAGAUGAUAAGGCAAUGUACCAUAUUUGCUAGAAUACAGAGGUGCUUUAGAUAAAAUAAUAUUUUAUUUAUCCCAGAGAGCAAAUAGUAGCAGCUCUAUAAGGAAACAAAAACCACACAAUCACAAAACUGCAGUAGUUUGAGUCAUCCCACAUAACUUGACUAAAUUAUUUCUGACAGAGUACAGAGCUGGAGCAAGGAGGAAAAAUGAGCAAUCCAAAAAAUCAGAAACAACAGCAGAAGCAAAGGAAUGGAAAACAGCAGAACCUAAAUGUAUAAAGAUAGAGGGAUGAGGGAUGUUAUGAACGCUAGGGAUGGUUCUUCAGUGGGGGGAGAUAAAAAACAGUCUUUAGGGGAAAGAUUAUUGUUUACUCUGUCAGGAAGGCUUUGUUUCAGGAACAGACUUUUAAAGAACGAUUGCUUGCAUUUCCUGCUGUGCUGUCACAAUAACCAAAAUGAAGGAGCUAGACUGAAAUAAAAAGUAGAUUUUGUAAGCUGGGGGUCUUUCUCCUGUAGGCAGCUUUUUAAUGUUUUGUUUUUUUGCUUCUGAAAAGUCUGCAUGCUUCUUUCAUUUCUGCAAGCAAUAUAAACUGUCACAAGAAGAACAAAAUUGGUUUCUUAUGCAUAACAUGUGGACAGAUGGAUACUUUAAUGACUAUGAGAAGUAGUGCAGAUUUUAGGCUUAAGUUAAUGCUGCUUUCUGGUCUGCAUGAUUCUGAAAAACAGUCUCCAACUGAUUUGUGUAUGUGUACGAGAGAGAAAAUUAAUCAUUAAUUUUUUGUGUUUACAUUAUCAAUUUUGUUUACGUUAUCAAUUUUAACAGUAACUUCUUUAUUAUCUGCUUUAUUUUUGCAGUCUUAGUCCUUGUACCCCCUACCCCUUCCUGUCCAUAGCUGAGCAGUAAUGCAAACAAAUGCUUGCUAGCAAGCCUGUGACACACAGACAUCAGAGCAACAUGUGCAGAUAGUUGACCUGUUUCAGUGACAACAAAGACCACAAGGUCAUUACUAUUGCUGCUACAACAAUCAUAACUACUGAAGGUUUUAUUUGAAAAUGUGAACUGCUCCGGACUAUUGGUGAUGGAUACUCAAUAUCCACUGCUGUCAUUGUCACAUGAGUUUCAAGAUUUCUGUGCUAUUUAGCACCAAACAUUUGUGUGUGUGCCAACUAAUAAGAACCACAAAUCAUUAAAAUUAUUGAGCAGGGUUUAAUAAGGCUAUUUUGAUGCCCUGGUAUGCAAGCAGUGUAGACAAUUUAUGGCUCAAAACAGUGUAUUGAGAAAUUAAAAAAAUUCUGGUUUUGAUUUAGCUUGCCUGUUUGGACAGUUGAUUUCUUCCAGUGACAGAUGGUUUGCCCAGAAUCUGCCUCUUGUUGUAAUAAAUCAUUAUCAUGACUUCAGUGCAAUAUCUGAUGUGGUUUUUAUGGUUUUGUUGUUUUUGCUGUUAGAAGCAUAGAGUGCCUACCCCAGAUAGUUUUUUUAUUUUGGUUUUGAUAGAUUAGUACGAUCGCAGUGCCAGGAUCUGCAGAAUACAUUCUUGGCAUAAAACAGUGAUUUCAGUGGCUUUCUAUUUUGAAAUAAAAUUGUCACUACUGACAUUCCUUACUUUAAUUUGUAAUGACUUAGGAAGUAGACUGUUGACACACUGUAAAGACCUUUCUUAAACAUAAAUAGCAUGUUUAUUACACUUUUUUUAAAGAACCGAGCAGUCAAGGUGGUACCUGAAGAUUCUGAGAGCCUUUCAAAAUGCAUAAUACAGUUAACGAUAAGAUUCAGCUGUGUAACAUCAUAGCCAUGUUGAGUUAAGUUUGACACAAUUUUUAGAAAUGAAUUUGAUCAGUUAUAAACAAAUGGUAUGUGUUAUACUUGUGAUUCUGCUUUGUAGUUAUUAUAUUAGCCAUUUAAUCAACUCCAUUCUUGUAUUUAAUUUGAGAGACUUCUGUUUGGAACAAAUAUAAAUUAAGGCAAAAUAAAUACCAGAAUAUGGGUUAGUAAUAUCCUUGUAAAUUAAAUAUUCAAAUUCACAGCAACAUUCCCGUAAAGUCAAGUAGACUUUAGAAAUGGGAAGGGAAUUUAAAAUUCUUAUUUAAUUGAUUUUGACAUAAAAUUGUGCACUUAUAAUCCUGUUUUUGAAAAAAAGCAUUUGGGAGCGGGAAUGUUAGAGAGAAUUCAUUUCAAAAUAAAAUGAGAGUUUUCAUUUUAUUUUCUUUUUUAAAAAACUAUUUUUAAAUGGCUUUUAGGUUAAAGGGAGCGAAGGUCAGACAUCAAAGGAGCAACUAACAGGUGCUUGAAGAAAAUGGUUGGCUAGUUCCUGUUAAUGAUGUAAACAAGAAGACUACACUUAGCAAAAGGUGUGUUACUGUAACAAACUUCCCAAGAGAGACUGUUGAUUUGGUAUGUAAUGCACAAUGCAAAAGGAGCCAGACCUUGGUUACCUGUCAUGAGUGGGAGGAGAAGCUACUUCCGCGAUGCGCACUAAGGUGGAAAAACGUCGGGUGCGCCACGAGCAUGCUGGGAACCUCCCAUCUGCUGCUGCGGCAUCUUUUCCAGCAUCGUCAGUUCCUGUGCUGUCGAUGCAGGGAGAUGCCAGCAAGAGCUUUCCUGUCGUGUCGUCAGUGACCGCUGACAAGCAUUGCCUCAGCUGGGAUGUUAGUGACAGGCGGCCAGUCUCAUUAAGUGAGGCAGAGCGGCUUGCUGCCGCUAACCAUGUUGUGGUUGCACUUGGCCCACCUGUCAUUUGUUCUUCACGGGUGGUGGUGGACAUCAAGGGAGAUGGUGUGAUAGGUGUGGCUGGAAGCUGUAGUGGUGGCAACAGUGGGAGUGACACCACUGUAGAGAAGGGGGUGCCAGAAGUGCACAGACAUUUAGAGCAUGCUUUGGCAGAGGACAAGAAGUCGGGGUCUGUGCCCAUCAAAAAACCGCCCAAAAAGCGGAGAAACAGUGAAAGGAAGGUAGAGUUGGCAGUCGACCAUGUAUCCUCACCAUCUCUUUACACCCCAGGGUCAUCGCCUUUGGUGACCUCAAAGCCACAUCUGAUGUCUGAGGCAUCAGGGCAUUCAUCCAUGUUUUCAUCUGAGCCACAACAGCAGCAGCAACAGCAGCAACCACUCGUCGCAGCAACAGGAUCACUGCCACCACUACAACCUCAGCAGCACAGCUUUGCACCUACACCACCGACCCCUUCACCACCUCAUCAGCCAUUGGCGCUUCUACAUAAGAUACCACAUUCUCAGAAUUUUAGUUCGUCACCCCAGCAAGUUCUAUCAUCACAGUUAUCUAUGACAGACACAGACCUACCUGCAGAUGGCACUACAAAUAUUUCAGACUCUCAUUCAUGUAUCUCACAAAAGGUUCCAACCAUUUUCCAUUCAGUAAAUUUGGAACCAGGCCACACUACCACUGCCGAGGAAGUGAUGCCUUCUCGGAACCUCCAGUCUCGCACACCUUCAUCACAUAUUGAGCCCAUCUCCAACUCCAGUGGGUGUGUGGAUGAAGAUGGAGGGGAAAUCUCUGUCUCCACCUCACUUUUGCAACCUCCAACCUGGCUGCUGACACCUCAGGAAAAUACUCCACCUGUGGAGACCUCGUAUGGACUAGAGCAACCUCUUACAUAUGAUCUUGCUUCAUCUGAAACUGCUAAUCCUUUGCCUUCUGUUGCUCAUGAUGGUUUAGUAACUUCCCCUUCCUCAUCAGCAGCAUCGACCAAGGAAAAUGUUGAGACAGGGGAUAAGGUUUCAAGCAGUAAAAUCUCUUCAAAAGCAAAGUCAUCAAACACUGAGGGGACAGAAAAGAAGAAAAAGAGCAUGAAAAGGAAAAAAAACAUUGCUGGUGAUAAGUCAAACAGUGCUGAAACAACACAGUGUUUGCAGCCUGUGGACUCACAGAAGGACGAUGCAACUAAAGUCAGUGCUUGUGAUGCAGAGAAUACACUGGACAGUGCUAAAUCCACUCUUAAACCUAAAAAGACUUCUAGAAGAAGCUUACCUUCUCAGGAUAAUGAAAGCAAAGCUCAGCGACUUGCUGAAAUAGAAGAAACGAUAAAUUUUGUCAUAGCAAAUUUUGUAUACAGUUGUGAAGAUCUUUCAACAGUAGAUAGGCUAACAGGAGCAGCAAAGGAUGCAGGCCAAGUGGCAAGCACCAUAGAUUCUGCAAAGACCAAUUCUGUAGAAGAUGUCCAAACUCAUUCUUUGACUGCAGUGGACACCACCAUGUCCAGUCCCUCAAAAGCUAGUAUUAGAAAGAAGUCUGUGAAGAAAAGCAAAAAGAAGGAAGAAAGUUCGGAAAAAGUUGAUGCACAGGAGUUUACACGAGAAACAAAUGAUCCUGAUACAGUUGAGAUCACCAAACCCCCUAAAAAAGUCUCAAAAAAGAAGAAUAGUGGUGACAGUCUCAGUGGAGAAAAAUGCAAAGUGGACCAGAAAUUUUCUGACAAAGAGUUGGAAAUGGCUGGUUCUGAGCAGAUGAAGAAUGAAGAAGACACUGCUAAGCCUCCUCCAAAUAAGAAGAAGAAGAAGAAGUCCCCCCAAAAUAAAGAAGAAAGCAGUAGUGGAGGAACCGAGCCAACGCCUUCUGAAGUGAUUCCAAAUGGUCACAUCGAUCCCACGAUCACAGAGGAAACAAGGAAGAUGCCUAAGAAGAAGAAAUCAAAGCCUAAAGCAAAGAAGGAUACAUCCACUGCAUCAAGAAAUGAAACUGCCAGUUCAUUGUCACAAGAGGAGGUUGGUGCAGGUUGUGGAGUAAUUCACGUGACUGAAAGUUGCCAGACUGAGAUAGAGGGACCUUCUAUAAUUAAUGCAGCAUCCACAAAGACAUCACCUAAAAAGUCCAAGAAACGUAAAGCUGAUGCAGCCCAGGAAAAUAGUGAGGUAGAUAAAAGGCCAGGUAUGGUUUCAGAAAAGAUUGCAGGUGAGCAAGUCAGCAUGCCUUCUCCCAAAAAAAAGAAGAAGAAGGAAAAAGACGAAAGCAAUAAUAAUGCUCCAGAAGCCACUAAGAAGAAGAAGUCUCCAUCUAAAAGCAAAAAAAUCAAGCAUCUUCAGGGUCAAGAAGGUGAAGGGGAUGUUAAGGAAAAUGGCUUUUCAAAUUCUCAUGAUGAAAAUAGAAAUUCAGCCACAAGUGACAGUAAGUCUUCAGGCUCAGGUGAAGAGAAUACUGAAGCAAGGGUAGAGGUGGAUAAUUCUAGUUCUGCACAAAAUGGGGGCACACCUGUUAGUAGUGGCAGUGGUAGCAGAAGUGGUGGCUCUCGAAAGUACAAGAAGCAGCUGGACAUUGUUGUAUGUCCUGGGUGUGGUCACAAAACAAGAGGUCAGGCAGCACUGAGCAGGCACAUGAAAAAGAUGCAUGAGAAGUCUGUGGUGUUGCCCUAUCCAUGUCCACAAGAGACAUGCGAGUACAGUGCCAGCAAGGUGAGUCUUUUGGCCCGCCACAUGCUGACUCACAGCGUGUACAUGUGCUCACGCUGCCAGUUCAUGGUGGACACAAAAGACAAGUACGAAGAGCAUUUACAAGCAGCGCACAAUGUGAAACUGGACUGUAAGUUGUGUAAGAAGUGUAAUCGUUACGUCAAGUGUGACUCUGUGCCCAUGGAGCAGCACCUGGAGACCUGUCAGGGCCCUGUGCCCUUCACCUGUGACGUCUGCAACAAGCAGUUCAAAUAUGAGUCCUCAUUGAAGGUGCACCACCAGACACACUUCCCAGACCUGCCCAAGCUGUUCCACUGUCAGCAGUGCAACUACCAAAGCAAUUACCGUGCAAACCUGCACAAGCAUGUGCAGAACAUGCACAUCCAGCGUCCCAAGGACAUACAGUGCCUCAAGUGUGACAAGAUGUUCUCGACAGAAGACAACAUGAAGCGGCACAUGAAGGUUCACAGUCAGAUUCGCCCCUACAAGUGCGAUAAGUGUGACAAAGCAUUCAAAUCCUCCUGUGCCCUACGUGGGCACAUAGUCAGCCAUGAACUGGUUCGUCCAUAUCGGUGCAAUAUUGAAAACUGCAAUCGUGAGUUUAGGACUCCAAAGUUUCUUAAGAGCCACCAAGAGGAAUUUCACCGUCUCAUACCAAAGAGAUACCACUGCACUGUGGAAGGAUGCAAAUUCUCGUUCUUCAAGCUGAGCCAUCUUAAACGGCAUGAGAUCUCACAUACAGGUGAGCGCAACUUCCACUGCGAGUGGCCAGGUUGUGGCAAGUCCUUUAGGCAUUCUGACAACCUAAAGGUCCAUCUACGACAGCACACAGACGAGCGGCCAGUGUCAUGUUCCAAGUGUGCCUUUACUUGUCGGCAAAAGUCAUCUCUGCAAUGGCACAUGAAAAAAAUCCAUGGCAUCACAAGCGUGCCGGUCAGUAACUCAGAAAACAGCUCCAUGGAUGCAGCCUCUUCCGCAAGUUUAACACCACUUGGAGAGCUUGACAUAGCAACUGUGCCUGUUGGUGCAGAGGAGAUGGUCGUGGAUGUUGAAGUUGUUAAUGUAAUCAUCCCAGCUGGUGAAAGUGGGGAAUUACCAGUCACAAUCACUGAACUUCGCCCGGUAGAUUUAUAUGAAUUUCACUCGGAUAAUGAUUCAAGUGAUGAGGCAAAGCCAGGCGUAUUCAAGAGAAACAAGAGCAAAAUGGCUGCCACAGCACCACUUCCUCCACCACCCAAAGAACUGUUGCUGAAAAAUUCUGUUUUGGAUGUACUAGAUGAAGCUAACAAUCGGGUGGACACCACAGAUAGUAAACCAAAAGCAAAGAAGAAAAAAUCAGUCAAAAAGUCUUCCAAGACAGGUAGUCAGAUCCCACAGGAAGAGAAUGAAGAAAGGGAAGAUAAAGAAGCUGUACCAGAUGAAAACAAAAAUGCUGAGAUCAAACCAGCACCCAAAACAACCUCAAAAUCCAAAAAACCAUCAGCUUCAAAACAAAAGAAGAAAAAGUCUGUUGCAAAAGAUGCUGCUGAGGUCAGCAAGAAAUCUGUGGAACAGAGUAAUACUAAAGAGGACAUCAAGUUAGUUGAAAAGAAGGAUACUGAGCCAUCAGUGAAGUCUCCAUCUAAAACUAAGAAAUCUCCAGUAAAGAAGAAAGCUCCAGCAAAGAAGCUUUCAAAGGAGGUUAGCGUAGUGAAGAAGACACCACCUAAACCAAGUGCCCUUGCAAAGGGAAAGAAAAGUCCUAAAACACGAAGUAGUCCCAAGAAACCUAGCAGUCCCAAAGGCAAGCCAGCAGCACAGGCAACAAGAAAAACUCCACCAAGAAAGGCAGCAAAUAAGAAAGAGAAAUCCGUGAAGUCUCCUCCCAAGAAGAGUCCACCAAAGAAGGUUGUGGCUAAAAAGAAGACGACAAAGAAAAAACCCUCUUUAAAGAAGAAGGCAGCUACAAAGAAGACAAAGAAAAAGUUAGAAAAAGUUGAUGAGCCUCAGAAAGAUGAUCAGGAUGUGAUCACACCUCAGGAGUCUGAAAUUAAUCCUCGUGAGCUCAGCAGGUCUCCUCGAAGAUCUCAGGUUUUAAGUGCCAAAGAGCAGUCCAUUAGGCUUGAUGAAGAGCCAUCGCCCAUUAGACCAGACUCAGCCAUGGAGUCAGAGGAGGAGAACAUGCCACAGGGCAAGGGAAGCCCAUACAGAGACUUUGAUUCCCAAGAAAUGGAGGAGAGUUCUCCCGAGCCCCAGGAAUCACCCAGCCCCCCGGCUUCUCCCUUGCCAGGAGACCUGUUGCAUCAAUCUCCAAAGUCAGAGAAUGAAGAGGCUGAACAGCAGGAGGGAGAUGAGCUGAUUCCACUUCCAGCAGAGCUACAGGCUGAGAUGAUGGACCAAAGAGAGGAAGAUGACUCAUUUGAUGAAGAAGUCAUUAAUGACAUCCCACUGACUCCUCCUCGAGCUCCUGCUCCACCUCCACCAGAAACAUCUGAUGAGGAAGAGAUGGUGCCAUCUCCUCCACCUCCCACACAGAUGCCCAUGUCCACUGAUGCCUCCAACCCUACUCCAAGUUCUGUUCUGACUGAUAUUCAGCAGCCAGGUUCACAGGCUACAGAGUUUCAGCAGCCACUAUCGAGGGAGGACUUCCAGCAGCCGCAUUCUAGGGAGGACUUCCAGCAGCCCCACUCUCGGGAGGAAUUUCAGCAGCCAUUGUCUCAGUCCCGAGAGGAAUAUCAGCAGCAGCAUUCAAGAGAGGAGGUGCUUCAGCCACACUCCCGAGAGGAGUAUCCUCAGCAGCACUCACGGGAAGACAUGCAUCAAAUGCACAGAGAGGAAAUCCACCAACAGCACUCGAUGGAAGAGCUGCAGUCCCAAGGGUCUGUGCCUGAAUCUAUGUCAGAACCGGUACCCUCUGUGCAUUCAGAUGGAAUGCGUGAUGAUGUGUCUUUGCCACACUCUGUGGUGCAGUAUAAUCCAACGUCUGCCACUCCAGUCAGUGAGGCUGAAAGUACAUAUCAGUAUUUCCAAGGCCUGGCUCAACAACCAGAUGAUUCUUUGUCGGAACCACUGGCAGGUGAACCAAGUCGUCUGCAGCAGCUAGAGGCACUAGCAGAAAAGCCCCAUGAUGACAGGCGGAGCACAGGAGAGAUUGGAGUUAAGUCCCCUACUGGUGCCCCUACUAGUGUAAUCACCAGCUUGUCACCUACGGCAACCAGCAGCAUGAAUCUUGUCACAGACUUGUCAUCCCAUCGUCGCAUGGAAAUCCUGGCUAACGAUCGACCCAUGGAUGCACAUUUGGUGCGCGACACCCCCUCUGCUUUGCCUCGCCUUCCUGAGCCUCCAUUUGAUGCUUAUUCUGCACUUAAUCCUUUGGCAUCCGGGGCUGCACGUGACAAUAGCAACCUCUUCCCUGCUCCACCUAGCACUCCAAGCUUUAUGCGACUGACUGAAAGCGAGGCUAUGCUUCAGCGACAGCGUAUGACAACCCCUUUCUUACCCACACCUCAGCCACCUGAGCGCAGUCUUUCCCGAUUGCCAGAAUCAUCGUUGAGGCCACCCAAUCCCAGUGCACUUUUAAGACGGCCAGCUACCAUGGCAGGUGCAGAUAUGUUUGCAGGCACCCCAGGAGUGCCUCAGGCAAUGCCGCGGCAUCCCUUCACCAACUCUUGGCCUGGCCAGGAUGCACGACCCUCUCACUGGGGCCAAGCACCCACCUACCUGCAGCGCUCUGCCAAUGCUCCUACCACUCCUUUUCCAUUCCCCACGAAAGACAACUACUUGGCAGGCCGUGAGUUCAUGUUUGAUCCCUCUGUGCGAACAAGCGUGACAGACCGUAAUAUGUUUGCAUCAUUAUCAUCAUCUCAGACUCAGCGUGAUUUAACAUCUGAACCCAGCCCAUUUCAACUGGAUCGCUUCGAUCUGAGUACCUAUUUUGGCAGCCACCCAUACACGGGGACCUCAGGGUUAGACUAUAGUCGCACUGCCUGCGGUACCACUCCAAAAACAUUUGAUGAACGGUAUCGUCAGACAGCCGCAUCAAUGAGCGAAUUCCGGCCACUUCCCCCAACAACCUCUGCAGACAUGUUCAGUGGAAUAGGAGUAGGUGUUAACUCCCUCAACAGUGCCAGCUUCAACCUAGACAAAUACGCUGUUUAUGGUCGUGAUCCCAUGUACCAUGCAGCCCAGCAGUUGUCGGAUAACACCAACAGCGCAUUUCUCACUCAUACCACUCCAGCUCAGCAUUCUGUCUUUGAUCGUGAUUACCCUCAUCGCAGUCUCUAUCCCCAUCAAAAUCCAGCCUAUCCAUUCAUAGAUGAGAGGCAGUAUCCCGCAGCGGCCAAAUUAACAGGGAACCCAGCCACCAUGGCACAGGAACGGGAUUUUAUGGCACGUCCAUCACCUGGGGAGAAUCAAAUGCAGGACCCAUAUCGGUGUGGUAUGCUGUAUAAUGUCAUGAACAGGUACACUUUUGAGUGACCCUUUAAUAGAAUGGUUGUUCAUACUCAUCUUUAUUUCCUUCAUCCCGUGAUAAUAAUUAAAAAGGCUGAAGAACUUUUUUUUUAAACAAAGGCAUUCACCUCAUGGAAGAAGUUUAUAGCAUGAUCACCUGUCAUGGUGUUGCAUAAUCAUUUUGGUUUGACAUCACAAGUUUGUUUGAUAUAAACUUUUGCAUAGAGAAGUGUUAUGCCUGGAAAGUUUCCUUGAAUUAUUGUGCACAAGCUUUUGAUGCAUGUCAAAGCAGUGUGAGUGCUGCUUAGUACAUGUGGGCAUCCCAAGGGACCGAAUGACGGCCAGAAGAUAGCAGCAAUCAGUGCUCUGGAAUGCGGUAACAUACAGAGUGGUCUCUUUCAGAAUCUGACAUGUUUUUUUUCAUCUUUCUGUGUUGAUGAGUGAGAGAAUUACAUGUGCAUCCAAAUUUCCUGGAAUAAUAAUAUAGCCGGCCUAUGUCUCUAAGUAGUAUUUUUGAAGGCUUCGCUCUUUAUCUCUGAAUUUUAGUGGGCGUUGAAAGAGCUGACUUUUAUCAAAAAUAUGUGUGGAAAAGUUUUUCUCGUAGUUUAACUUGUGCAGAUAGAAUACUACUACAUAUUGUGAAUCUAUAUGAUCUGCAGGUCAAGAGUGCAUGCUGGAGAACUUGUAUGCAUGUAUGUAAGUGUUACAUUUGCAAGGCCGUACUUGUAAAUAAUAGUUGCAGCAUAUGGCUAAUGUAUCAAUAACAUUAAUAUUACAAUAUUACUGGUUUUCUGACACUAUGUAAGUAUUGAAUCAAACUCUGGAUUUUAUUGUUUGUUGCAAUGUAUUUACCGCUGCUGUGUUCUUGAUGUGUAAAGGAUCAACAACAGCCGUGAUUUAGUGAGCGUUUCAUGUUUAGAACCACAUUGUUUAAAAUGUGCAGGUAUUUGUUAUAGCUUCUUUAUGUCUCUACCUGUAGAACCACAGAUAUAACUAAAUAUUUAAUGGCUUCUAUCUCCCCAAGAACAAAUCAUCUUAGUUUACGAGAAAAAAUUAAAGAGAUGUAUGGUUGCUUAUGAGAAGUUGGGCCUGUUUACACCCUCUCCAUCCAUUCUUCACAUUUGAAAACCUGCACCAUUCACCUGCAUCAGUAAAGCAUGUUUCUCUCAUUCUUGACCCAGUCAAAAUAUUCUUUACUGUCUGAUGUCUUAAAUGCCAUGUAUGUUAUAAACCCUUAUUUGCUUUGUGCCAGAGAAAAUUCACUUUAUAUGCAUUUGACAAAGCCGUAAAGAAAAAUUACCAGAUUUCAUUUAGAUCAGCCUUCUUUUCAUUUGCUUUAAGUACAAAUGUACUUCAUAUUUUACUUUUAACUUGAGAAGAAAAAAGAUUAUUUUUUCAUUACACUUCCUCUGCAAUAUACUUAUUGCCACCUUAUUUUGACAUGACUGAAGGCAAAGAGGGUUUAUUGAUUAUGAUAUAAAGGUUGUGAGUUACACAAUUCUGCCCCAAAUAAAGUUGGAUAGAAUGGUUUAUUUAUGUGAGAAAGAUGAUGUAAAAGGAAUUUCAAAGGCUUAAAAAUAAGGUACAUGAUAGAUAUAUGAUAUACACAAUUUUAGACAUAAGAAUGUUUUUGCUAUUUAGCAUCAUCAUUUUCAUCAUCUUCACAUCCACUUUUAUCAGGGAAAAUUUUCAUUAAAAAAAAAAAAGGCGCGUGGGUUAUAGGAUUCGAUAGUAGAAAAGUUAACAUUUGAUUUUAAAGUGGGAUUUUAAAGUUAAAGAUUUUAUUUUUAAGUGGGAUAUGAGAGAGGGCGGGAUAUCAACUUUAUUUUCAUGCCAUGCGUGAUUUGUUAGGCAUAAUUUAAAGCUUCACUGAACUUGCGUUCUUCUAUAAUUGGUAUAUAAAAUUAUUACUGUCAAUCAGGGAAGCUAAUAGCAUCAUUCUGCUUGUCUUUGGUUUGUUUGAGCUUUGGCUUCAUGCAAACAAAAACCUGCUUGCUGCACCAUCACCAGUUGCAGUAUUUAUUUUUGGUGUUAAAAAGAUAUUGAAGGUUUUCCAAGGCAGCAGUAUUUUGGCUAAAGCACAUUGCAUUAUGUAUUUUUAAAUGUGAACUACAAAAUUUUGUUUUAAACUGUUUGACAUUCACAGGAAUUAAAAAAAAAAAAAGUUAACUUAAAAAAAACUGAUGAAAUUGGUUUUUGUAUCAAGUGAAUAUUGUAGAAAGUCUUUUCCUUUCAUUAUAAUGCAAUAGAUUUAGUUAAAGGAUGAAAUUAAAGUACCUAAAUAGAUAACAAAAUACUAAUUAUACACAAUCCAUCUGGCGUUCCUUUCUAUAAGCAUGACAUUUUUCAUUAUUUGUUGAUGCCAGCCUCUUUGUUUUAAACUUCUUAAGUAAAGGUUUUUCAUCAUUUAAUUAUAUAGAAGAAUGCUCAUACAGAGAUAUAUAUAAUUAUGCAUAGAAGAUUUUUUUUCUCAUUCUGGUUUUGAAGCAAAUAUAAUUUAGAAUUGAAAUGAUAAGGGGAGGCUAUAUUACAGUAAUUAUGUUUUACUUUUCCUUGCUGCAGUCAUGCUAAGACUAAAAGGUUUAGUUAAAGUCUCAGCAUAGCCUGAAGUGGCUAUAAUCUUACUAUCAUUUAUAUCUCCAUGUCUGUCACUUCAGUAUUUUCACUGAAGUAUUUCAAGCAAUAUCACAGCUCAUUGGUUCAUCUGAAUUUCUUUUGAUUUUGGUCUUAUUGUGCUGUAAUGCUAGGAUUACACAUUCAGACUCUUUAUUAUGAUGUUGUAUUGGCUACUUCGGUAUCAGUCCAUGCUUUAUGAGAUCCCAGGUAGGUGUAUUGAGGAUCAACAGCAGCAAGUUUAGUGCGUAAGGUCCUGUCUUGAUAACACAAAGCUUUGCUGUUGAAAGAUUGAAACCAAAGUGUGCCUAAAAACCCUCUUUGCAAUAUAGCUUGGCACACACUGUGAAUGAUAAGAGCUGUCCUUUGAUAUUUGAAUUAGGAUUUUUUUCAUUUUGAAAAUGCCACAUAAAAUUGGCUCAAUUUCAAUCAUAAUGAAAUUCGAUCAAAGCUUGGAACUACCUUGCACAUCCAGAAAAUGUUUAGUUUGUGACAGAUCAAAACCCCCAAACAACUGAAGCUAGUCUUUGUGAUAAAUAUUAGAAAAAGAAUGGAAGCGAAACUAUAUGCUGCUUAGAAUGGCUUAAGUCAUACAGCCAAGUUGUUCUCUAUUGUAGUGAGAAAAGCAACCAUCAGAUUGUUCCAAUACUGUCAGUAGCAAAGCUGAGAUUGUUUUUUGUGUUUAUUAUUUUUUUUUACAAGAUGUUCAUAAAUCUCUAAAAUGGUUUAAUAAGUUAACUUUUAUCUCCCUAAUAUGUGGAUGUAAUCUUUGCAUAUGCUUAUGUAAUUUUCUGUUAUAGUGACCAGAGCUAAAGCAUGAAAAUUCUGUGGCAAUUUAACAUUAAGAUCAGCGAAAUGUCUACAAGAAUAAGUUAUGAUGCAACGGCCAUGAUGGGUGUUAUAAUAAUGCAGACUAAGAAAUGAAGGCUUUAAAUGAAGAAAAGUAUUGCUGUGAGGAUGUGGUAGUGAAGAUGUUUUAGGAAAAUCUAUGAUUAUUGAAGAUUUAAAUAAUGGGUCGCAUUAGGAUGACCUGGCGUCUGUGAUGUUACAUGAUUUCAUGUUUAAAAAAAAAAUUGUUGCAGUUAUUCAGAUAUUGAGUGAAAUUCAUGUACAAGGGAGGUUCAGAACUUUGGCUCUGAAGACAUUAAAGGAAACCCACAAAAAUAUGUUGUUCUCCUCUUUCUCUCUUAUGCACUGCUGCUGACUAAGAAAGUACUAUUAAACACCUCUACAAACACUGUCCCUCUUCAGGCAACACACACUUAUCUUCUGUAUUUCUCCAUCUUAGCCGAAGUCUGUUCCUUCUCUUGCUGUCGUAGGUGAAAUUUGUUGAUUUUUUUCAUUGCUGUGAUUGUUUUGUUGAGCCCUUACAUAGGAAGCAGGAGUUGGGUGUCAAGUGGUUUAUGGCUAAUACCUGAGAGUCAUCUCCGACUAUUUCUGUGGUGUGUUCUUUGGCUGUGAUUGUCUUUGCGCACACACCUAGUUUGGUCCAAAUCAUGCGUGAUCUUCCUCUAGUAUUAACGAAGAAAUGUUAAGAUGACACAAGCAUGUGGCAAGUUUUGAUGAGCAUGGAAAGUUCCAAGAGUCCCAAAUAUAAAUAUAAAUGUUUAUUUAGCUUUGGUAAGUCAGUUGUUCUGCAUUCCAGAGAAUUGUUUUCUUGCAGUAAGGAUUAAUAACAUUAAAAUAGCAGAAUUAUAACAGCAUUUUUUUCUUCUCAAAAGGACAUUGUGUUAACCGGGAGUAUUCCCAAGUUCUUUCUCUGCACUAUUGUGCAAUCUGAAUCCAAAGUAAUAAAAUAAAUGGGGGGAAACUGUGCUUAAUUAAAAAAUUAUUUUUUCCUUUUGUUCAAGGAGAUUAUAUAGUGUUAUACCUUACAAAUCACCAUAUCUAAUAGCCUUUUGUUCCAAUGGCAAAAGUUAUGAUGAAAUGUAGCUAAUAUUAUUUCAUUGAAAACCAAAAGAUUAAGAUUUAGCUACUUUUGGGAACCAUGUGACAGUGUUGAGAAAGUAUUACAAAAUUGCUGAUGAUGUUUGACAUAUGUUUUAGCCCCGCAAAAAAAGUAAACUAGACACAAAAUUGAAGCCUGUGUUGUUUAAAUAUAUCACCCAGUUAAGAUAAAACAUUUUGUGAUAAUUUUACCGUACUGAGCAAAACCUUGCUUUUUUUGGAGCAGAUGUAGUGUUGUCUGUAACAGAUGAUCAUGUGCAUGUUUCAAACAGAAUUUUCGUGGUAAAUAAGAAAGAAGAAAAUUGAUUUUUGGAGGAGAGGAAACGAUAUGCAAACUGCACAAGGGCAACAUAAGUUUGAGCUUACUGCUCAGCUUUAACUUGAACAAUUUUUUCAGCUCUGUUGUGACAGAAUGAUUUUUGCAGUUUUUGUUUGCUUAUAUACAUUUUAUAUUUUAAAAGUUCUAAGAGUAUAUGUCAAUCUAAUUUUGCUUAUUUCUGCUUUAUUAUUAAUCCAUUUCAUGAUCUCUUUUAUUAAGCCAAAAUUAUGCUCAUUUUUUUAUCUUUCAUCAUUUCUACUACUUGUAUGUCCUCAUUCACUAAGAAGAGAUAUCUGCAAUUCUUUUUCUUCAAAGAGCCUGAUUUCACCAAAGAAUUUUUGUAUCAAAAAGCAUUUGAAAAUGUUAUUGACAGCAUCUUACAGAAGAACAGGUACACCACUGUAUAAAAUUAGUUGUUUUAUUUUUCUUCAGUUUACUGGGGUUUUUUUUCUCAUAUUUUUAUCUUGAAUAUAUGUUAAGUCCCUAAAGACCUUUUUUUAAAAUUAUUUCCUCAAUGUAUCCUUAACCCACCAUUUCUGAGAGGAGCAUGCAGUUUUCCUGGUAUCAGUCGCUUGUUUUUCAGUAGCUUCAGCUCAGUUUGUUGUCAUUCUGGCUUGCUUGACAUGGUUCAGAUUGCUGCAUAUUGUAUUAAUGUACAGAACAGAGAUUGUUUAGUCCAUGUUAAUCCAUAUAUUAUUUUGAUGUCAGUUGUUGAAUCAGUCAGUCCAUCUUGUGAUGUGGAAAUGCAUUUCAUAAGUCAUGUUCGUUUUUUCCUAUUCUACUACCCCAAAGUGUGCAAGUUCAGAGAAGCAAAAGAGCGGUUUUAUUUUUAGAAUAUUAAAUAAGUAAUUAUGACUUAUGAAAGUAUGGUUCUUGAGGCAUGUAGAUGACACUGGAUUUGUAAUAUUUUUGGUAGGAAAUACUUUUUUUCAGUUUGCUAUAAUUUAAGAUUUGAAUCCUAUAAUCCAAAAUACUUCAGCUGUGUUUUGUCAUAUAUAUAUAUAUUUAUAUAUCCUUCCUUGGAGUGAUUUGAUGACUAUUGUCAACAGCAGAAAGUGUGUGACUGUGCUUUGUGACUGUUUCUGUGUGGUUUUGUACAUUACUAGACGUUGGUCCUAGACGUUUGUCUCCCCGUCUAGACAGAACAAAGUGGCAGUUGUUGGUCAGUAUGUGUACAACUAUAAUUAUCAAGUUGUGAUUCUCUGUGUUCAGCAUUUUUACACAAUAAUUGCUCUUAAAUAAUGUACUGUCAUCGUUUUUAAUAACCCAACUCAUGCUGUUAUAAGUCAUAUACAAAUAUAAAAAUAUAAAUAUAUACACCUUUCAGAUAGUUUUAGAAACUGCUUUUAGUAAAGCUUUUAGAAUGCAUUUUGCUUUUCAAAUGUUUGAGUUUUUUUAAAAACUGUUUUCUCAAACAGAUUCGGAUACAAAUUUUAAGCUAAUCUUAAGCUAUUGUUAUGUCAUGGUCUUUUAAUUUGUCUCAUCAUUAUUUACUUCAUCUCUCAGGUGUGCUGUGUGGUCUCAUCAACUUUGUAACUUCAGAUAUAAAGCAGAAAGUGAAGUUGAUCUGCUUUGCCUCUAAGUAUGAAACAACAUGAAAACAAAGCCUGUUAUCUGUUGAUGGUUUAUUGUUACUUACCAUGCCGUGUCCUUAUAUCUAUCAACAGGCAGACAACAAGGUAUGUCAAACAGUAGACUCAGCACGCUGGCAAACUCCUCAAAAACAGCAUCGACAGGGAUAAACACCCUCAGCCGAAAACCUGCUUGUUCUAGUGUUUCAUUUGGUUCCUGGGUUAAAACGUUUUUUUUUUUUCCAAAUGUAUGAAUAACUUUUGAAAAAAAGAAGUGUGCUAGCCACCUUUCUUCAUCCCUAGGUGUGUGUUUGUGAUACAGUUUAUCAUGAUAAAAACAGCUAACUGGAGUAAAUGUCAUCCCUGCUGCAUUGGUCUUUAUUUCUCUCUUUUUUUUGCUGGUAAUUUUUAUGUGACCCAAUUAAAAUAAAAGUAUUUUAGAGUAUGGGCAGUGGGACUAGAGUGGACAAAUCUCUGUUAACCUGGACCAGAGCAACGCUGUCACCAACUAGCUCUAUUCUCGUUGCUUCUUCCAAGGCAUAACUGUGAAUUUCGAUUUCGGAAAGUUCUGACUUGUCCCGCUUUCUCUUCUCUCACGUCGUGUUGUCAAAUUCUGAUAGCCAAAAACGAAACCCAUUGUACCUCCUUAUUUGUUUUUUCCUUGGCAUUCUGUCUUCGAGCUAAACACACUUUGGGUGCUAUUGAAGCAGAAAUUUCUGGGUUAUUUAUUUGUACUUCAGAGAAGUCCAAUACUCUUUCUAUUAUUACCUAGGAGUUAUUUUAAACCUACAUUUUGACGCGCUUAAAUUGUAGGGUCCUGCAUCCUUUCAGUGGCUAUGCUUUUGCAGCGAAUUUAGUUGAACUAAGUUUCGUGAAACAGAAGAACAUAGAUACAUGUUUUGGAUGGGAACAUAUCAAUUAACUGUAGGAUUAAUUACCUGUGUUCCAUUGGAGCUAAAAGAUUACCGAUUUAUUUUCGAACAAGUAAUUUUCUCCCACCCCGUCCUCAUUUUGUAUGUGUGUGUGUGUUUGAGAGAGAUGGAGGAGGUGGUAUGUGCGCAAGGAAGAAAGGGCAGAAAAAAAAUUCAAAAAUGGAAAUGUGGUUCGUCCUGUCUUACCAUUUUUAAGACAUCGCUCUUACCUUUGUAAAAUAAUAGUAAGCAUGCACAUUUCCUGCCCACUUAAGAAACCGAGAAUUGAGCAGGGCGUCGCAAUGACGUAAUAGUAGUACACUCAGAUUACUUGGGUGCUCAGAAGAGUUCAGCAUUCUGUUAAAAUAUUGCAAUUUUUUUGUAUUAAAAUUUGGCUGGCCGAGUCGAAAAGCACCAUUUUAUCAUCAACGACAUCACCGACUUUGCUUUUUUGUACGUACUGUAUGCUGUACUUUUUUUUUUUUUUUUUUUUUUUUGAAAUGAUGGGUGGGGCGGAAUGAGGGGGUUGUAAUGGGCGAGACCUUGUAAGGAUCAAGAACCUGCAUCAGUGGCAAAUUCCCAAGUCAUUGCAGAUCUGCUGUUUUAAGCAACAAGAACUGAGUCUAGGAUUUCUGUUGUUUCUUUUUCCUUCCUUCUGGUGAAGUAAGAACAAAAUUUACAAAUGUCUCAUCAUUACUGAAGUUCAGACGUGGAGCAAUAUUCGUUGGUCUGAAUGAAGUGAAUGAACUCAUGCCAGCAACAAUAGAUAUGGCUGGCGUUUCGAGCAGACCGCAGUCUGAAUGGUAGACACUGAAUUGGCAUAAUAGAUCGACUUUUAGUGCUUCCCCCCAUCCCCAUUGCUUUAAAGACUUUUGUAAAGUUCUUAGACAAAUUUAGCAUGUUUUGACUCUUGUGUGUUUUGUAUUGUUAAUUAUUGAAGAUGUAUUCUGUAUAAAUUUUGAUGGAAAA